UUUAAUCCCCUCCUUAGUCCUUUCAUACACACACACACGCACACACACAUAUAUAUACAUAUAUAUUAACAUCCCUCUCUCCUAACCCUUACUCCAACAUUCCCUAAAAUCCUCCCCCUUUCUCUCUCUUUCUCAGAGCUCUUUCGCUGAUCUCUUUCCCCCCCCCUCUAAUGGCUCCUGCGUCGGCCCUCUACCCCGACUCUAAGACCGUUUGCGUGAUGGACGCCUCGUGUAGCCUCGGCGUGCCUCUCGUGGAGAGGCUCCUUCAAAGAGGAUACACCGUCCACGCCGCCGCCUAUGCCCAUGGCGGCGAUGAUCAUGAGUUGAACGGAUUGAAGAAGCUGGCGAGCGAGAACGCGAAGCGUCUGAAGCUCUUCCGAUCGGACCCCUUCGACUACCAGAGCAUCGUCGACGCCGCGAGGGGAUGCUCGGGGCUCUUCUACAUGUUCGACGCCGCAAACCAAGAUCACCAUCAUCAAGCAACCUACGAUGAAUUCAUGGUUGAAGUGGAAGUGAGAGCUGCGCACAACGUACUCGAAGCUUGCGCGCAGAGUGAGACCAUGAAGAAGGUGGUGUUCACCUCAUCGGUGACGGCGAUUGUGUGGAAGGAGGACCGUAAACUCGCGGCGGACUUCGACGAGAGAGAUUGGAGUGAGCCCAAUUUCUGCAGGAAAUUCAAGCUGUGGCAUGCCCUGACGAAGACGUUGUCGGAGAAGACGGCGUGGGCCCUAGCGAUGGACCGCGGCGUCGCAAUGGUGUCGGUAAACGCGGGGCUCGUGAUCGGCCCUGGCCUCUCUGCCGCCGAUCCCUACCUCCGCGGCACCCCGGAGAUGUACGAAGAUGGUGUCCUCGUGACGGUCGACACCGACUUCCUUGCUGAUGCUCACGUGGCCGUCUACGAGACCCCCUCCGCCUACGGCCGCUACAUCUGCUUCAACCGCGCCGUUUGCAACCCCGAAGAUGCGGUUAAGCUCGCCGUCAUGCUCUCCCCCUCUGCACCUCACCCUCCGCCGAGUGAUGAGUUGAGGGUGAUCGAGCAACGUAUAGAGAACAAGAAGCUGAACAAGAUCAUGGUGGAAUUUGCCAGAGGGAGACACGUGGACUUGGAUUAGUGGCCAUAUUACUUCUUUCCCAUGCUACGUACAUAGUAGCUAGGAAGUAGAUACGCUGUACAUGGCCAACCUGCCUCCUUUUUUAUUUCACUUUGCUUUGCUUGUCAUGAUCAAUGUUAUGAUCUCCUCAAAAAGUCGAUUUCGAAAUUAGGAGAAAAUGAUUUUCAUUAUCUUGAUUUGGGAUGCUAUAUAUAUUAUGUAUUUGUUGAUUGGGGCCUUUGAUAUUUAUGCAAAAUAGAAUUGAAACCAAUUCAAGCAAAAUUUCAAUUGAUCGA